CGUUGCACAGGUGAAGGGCUGUGCUGCAAGCACUUGGUCCCCGGGUCCGCGAUGCAGAGGGCGGCUGUGGCGGUGCUGAGACGUGCGGCGGCCAGGCCCGGGGAGGCGGCGGCUGGUCGGCGACAGCGCUGCAUUUUGUGCUUGCUGACUGGAACAGGCCGAAGACACAUCUUCACUGGUUCUGCAGUGCUCAGAAACGAUAAUGAAGUACAGCAGGUUACUUCUCCAGAACCGCAGGAAACUGCAGAAAAAAAGGAAGCUGCUCCACGAGGGAAAAAUGAUUUGUUGAACCUAAUCGGCGGUAUGAAAGUGGAAAUCAGCAGCAAGAAGAAGUUCCAAGCCCUGAGGAAAGAGCGACUAAAGGAGAAAACAAAAGCUGAGCCAGAAAGCAUGGAAAGCACAACCAGCAUGUUUCAGCAGGCCACCGAAGAAAUUGAAAAUCAACGUAACGAGACAUUAAAUCCGGACCUUGUUGCAGCAGCUUCAGCAGUUGCAUCUUCUAUGCCCCAUAACAAGGGACAGAUUGAGUCUGAACUGCUUAAACAGCUCAGAAAGCACGAAUCAGAAACUGAAGCGCAGAAAAAUGGAGAUGUUAGCAACAUUGGUAAUAUUAUUGCAAACAUGAAGAUUGGGAAACGUCCUGGUGCACGGGCUGGGUUCAGACCUGCCAAUCAAAUCCGUUUUGAUGAAGAUGGGCAAGGAUAUGUUACUCACCGAGGUGUUACCAGUGAAUUUAAUGCACUGAAGAAGAGGAAGGGUCUUUAUACUGGGAAGAAGUUAAACAUUUUUCCUGCACGUGCUGAAUCAGAAAACGUACCAGAAACUGUGGCACAGCCAUCACUAUGGGAUAUCGAGUUGGCCAAUAAAAUAGCGGCUGUUUCUGAACAAUUGCCUCGAAAUGGGUUUGAGGAGAUGAUCCAAUGGACAAAGGAAGGAAAACUCUGGCAGUUUCCUGUCAACAAUGAGGCUGGACUUGAAGAAGAGGAAGCUGUGGAAUUCCAUGAGCACAUAUAUCUGGAGAAGCAUUUGCAUGGGUUCCCAGAGGAAGGACCAGUACGCCAUUUCAUGGAGCUAGUCAUCAACGGGUUAAGUAAGAAUCCAUAUUUAACGAUACAACAAAAGAUUGAACAUAUCGAUUGGUUUCGCCAAUAUUUCCAGGAAAAGCAAGAUAUUCUGAAUGAAAGCGAGGUGUAUAUUAACUGAAAUAAUGAUUAUAAAUUUCAACUUGGUAGAAUGGACAUUCACUUUUUAUAACACCAUAAAAGAUUUACAGUCCUGUUGUGCUGUAAGUUGGUUACCAUAAAUCUUCUUUCUAGCUGGGUAUUUCUGUCUGGAGAAAGUGCAUGUGAAUUCAUGUUGUAUAAAGUUCAUAUAUUGAUGGAAAGCAAUAUUAAUGAAAGAAGCAAUAUUAACAAAAGAAUAUGGGAACCCUUUGGAUGUUCCAGACUGUUUUCCACCUAGUAAAGUACCUUUUGAAGUGUUAUCACCACUCAAUGUAAAAAUAAAUCUAAAUACAAUA